UCGGAACGUCCCUCAGCAACCCAGUUCUUGCCGGGGUCGCUAGCUGCUGACGUGUGCUUGACCGGCUUCAGGCCCGGGGUUGCAGGUCGCUAUGGCGGUGGACAUCACACUGCUCUUCCGGGCUAGCGUCAAGACAGUGAAGACGCGGAAUAAGGCUCUGGGAGUGGCCGUGGGUGGCGGGGCCGAUGGCAGCCGGGAUGAGCUGUUCCGCAGAAGCCCUCGGCCCAAGGGAGACUUCUCCAGCCGGGCCCGUGAAGUGAUUUCUCACAUUGGGAAGCUGAGAGAUUUUCUCCUGGAGCACAGGAAGGAGUAUAUUAAUGCCUACAGCCACACCAUGUCUGACUAUGGGAGGAUGACAGACACAGAGCGAGACCAGAUAGACCAGGAUGCUCAGAUAUUCAUAAGGACCUGUUCAGAAGCAAUCCAGCAACUCAGAACAGAAGCCCACAAGGAGAUACAUUCCCAGCAAGUGAAGGAACACAGGACUGCGGUUUUGGAUUUCGUUGACGAUUACUUAAAAAGAGUGUGUAAGCUUUACUCUGAACAAAGAGCCAUCCGAGUGAAGCGCGUGGUGGACAAGAAAAGACUAUCUAAGCUGGAACCUGAGCCACAUACCAAGAGGAAAGACUCUACAUCUGAGAAAGCCCCUCAGAACGCUUCCCAGGACUCUGAAGGAAAGCCUGCUGCUGAGGAGCUGCCAGGUAUGACUCAAGAAAAGCCUUUGGCUGAAUCACAGCCCGAACUGGGAACCUGGGGCGAUGGCAAGGGUGAAGAUGAGCUGUCUCCAGAAGAGAUACAGAUGUUUGAACAAGAAAAUCAGCGACUCAUUGGUGAAAUGAACAGCUUGUUUGACGAAGUGAGGCAAAUCGAAGGGAAAGUCGUUGAAAUUUCCAGACUCCAAGAGAUAUUCACCGAAAAGGUUUUGCAACAGGAAACUGAGAUCGACAGCAUUCACCAGUUAGUCGUGGGGGCAACUGAAAAUAUUAAGGAAGGCAACGAAGACAUCCGAGAGGCCAUCAAAAACAAUGCAGGUUUCCGAGUGUGGAUCCUCUUCUUCCUCGUCAUGUGUUCCUUUUCCUUGCUCUUCCUCGACUGGUAUGACAGCUAGCCCACCAGGACCUUGCCAGCACCUGUGCCUGCACCACUGCCUUGGACGCACCACGUGCCAGCAUGUGUCUCAUCUGCUGUGGAGCUGUGUAAGGUCCAAGGGCUGGGAAAACACCGCCCCCAAGCCAACCUUUGGAACCUCUCAGGACCUGGAAAUACAUGGAUUGCAAGUGCCCUUCAGGGUGGAAAAUAAAAGGCCAUCAGAAGCAGCACCUUUAGGACAGGCCACAAGCAUGGUGGGGACUGAGCAGAGCAAGGAGAUGGCAGGCCUCCUAUCCCCAUUACGGGCUCAGGGCCCAUCUCCUGCCCUUCCCACACCAGUAGCUUCAGGGGAGAACAUGCCUAAUGUUGCUAAAGUCAUCAGUUCUUAUUUCCUUGUGGCAUCUAAUGUGUGCUGAUACGUGGCCAUUUUGUCAUAGACAAUAAUUCACAUCUGCCUUGUCGAGCUAAUAAACGCAAUUACAGCCA